AUGGCCGCUCCCUGCAGGAGGGCCGCGCCCUGGACGACGGCCCUGCUGCUGCUCCUGACCUCACAGUUCCUAUCCCCGGGGAGCUGCUCGGACGAGGAGGAGGUCCCCGAGGAGUGGGUGCUCCUGCACGUCGUCCAGGGCCAGAUAGGCCCCGGGAACUACCGCUACCUGCGGCUGAACCACGAGGGCAAGAUCGUCCUCAGGAUGCGCAGCCUCAAGGGCGACGCGGACCUCUACGUCUCUGCCAGCAGCCUGAACCCCAGCUUCGACGACUACGAGCUGCAGUCGGCCACCUGCGGCCCGGACGCCGUGUCAAUCCCCGCGCACUUCCGGCGCCCAGUGGGCAUCAGCGUCUACGGACACCCGUCCCACCUGGAGAGCGAGUUCGAGAUGAAGGUGUACUACGACAGCACGGUCGCGCAGCAUCCGUUCGACGAGGCCGCCUACCCCGCCGAUGACGCAGAUGCCGGCCAGAAGCACGUUCUUGUGCUAGAAGACACCUCGAAAGAGGAGAAACUUAUUCUCUGGAAGAUAUUAAUUAGCAUUUUGAAACUAGUACUUGAAAUUCUCUUUUGA